GCGGCAGGGACUGAGCAGAGACGUUACUGAGAAUCAGAACAUGAAGGACGAGGCAGACAGCAGCACCUAGUUACACUAAUGUAGAUGACAGAGAGAGAGAGACAGCAGCUCAGACUGGCAUCUGUUGAUCCAGCAGAUGAAAUGGCGGUGAGGCAAAGGAUUUUUAACUCAACAGCACCCUUCUCCGGGUCACCCCAAGCUAAGCUGAAGGGGUCAUACCCAUCCUGCUCGGCUGCCGACCAGGAGACGGAGGAGGAGGAAGAGGAGGGGAAGGACAACAAGAUGGGCGACAUAGCCCGUUUACACCCUUUGAUAAACAAACUCCUGACACAUGGAACCGCAGAGCAAGUGGGAGAAAUGCCACUGAAGACCUCAACCUUCAUUGCCCAGGCUGAAUGUGAAACUCAGGACUCCCAACAGUUUAGUCCAUCCUGCUUUAAACAUUCCUACGUUCCCUCCCCGAACUGCUUCACCAGCAGUCUUUCGUCAGAGCCCAACAAUGUGGCAUGCCCAACCACAGCCUCCAUCCAGGAGCCGAGCAGCUCACCAGCGCCGCUUACCCCAAGAAAGAAGACCAGGAGGAGACAAAAGCGCAAAGGGAAGAAAAGAACAGAGAAGAAGGAGAGGCAGCGACACAGACAUCGAAUGCCUUCUGGAGUCCCUGAGCAGGAGAGUGGAAGUUCUCUAGUCCGCGUCCUGGAGGAAUCAUCUCUUGGAGGGAGAAGCGACCUCAGUACUUCCUGCUGUAGCAGCGUUGAAAGCUCAGAAGAGCAGGACAGAGGGCCUUCACUCUACGGCUGCCAGAUUUACAACACAGGCUCCAGCUGCUCUCCUCUGAACUGGGGCAACCAGGUCUGCGGCACCCUCUCCAGUCUGCGCUCUUAUGGGCAGGACAGCGACUCAGACUCCCUCAGCAGUCUGGGAGACUGCUCGCUUGCUCUCGCUGGCCUCCGGGGCAGCGUCAGUCAGGGGGACCCGUGCUACGCAGGGCCCUUUUUCAAAGAUGUGGAGAGGGAUGUGAGAGAAGAGGAAGAUGAUUUCUCAGCAGAUGAUUCUGUCAACAAUGAGGGGAUCAUCUUUUACAACGAUAAAAUCCAGCCUGUGGACUCUGAAUACAAGGAAGGGAGGGAGUAUGUCCUCUCAGAGUUCAUCAAGGAGGGCUCCUAUGGUGAAGUACACAGUGCUCAUGAUGUCAACACAGGCUUCAAAUUUGCUGUUAAAAAGAUCGCCCUGAAGAGGUUCAGCAGCGAGGAGGUGGGUGCGUGGAGUGCCCUCAGAUCUCCUCGCGUGGUUGAACUCUUUGGAGUGGUCAGACAGGGGCCAAACGUCGUCCUCCUCAUGGACCACAAAUCUGGCUCCCUGGGCCAGCUGAUAGCGGAGCGUGGCCGGCUGCCGGAGGACCUCAGUCUCCACUACCACUCGCAGAUCUUAACAGCGCUGGAGUACCUAGGGAAGAAAAAAGUGGUACAUCUAGACAUUAAAGCUGACAAUGUGUUGCUGUCGGAGGACGGGAGAGACACCUUUCUAUGUGACUUCGGACACGCGGAGAGACUCGACAAUCAAGGACAGAGCCUCAGUGGGUCCAAAGAUUUGAAGGGCACGGAGACCCACAUGGCCCCUGAGAUUGUUAAAGGGGAACCCCGUGGAGCCAAAGCAGAUGUGUGGAGCAGCUGCUGCAUGUUACUGCACAUGCUCAAUGGGUGUCAACCUUGGACCAGAUACUACACCUGUAGACUUUACCUGAAGAUUGCCAACGAGCCGCCGCCUCUGAGAGAGAUCCCACCAGACUGCAGCCCUCUUACAGCGGAGGUUAUCAAGGCAGGUCUUCAGAAGGAUCCAGCCAAGAGAGCAUCAGCAUCUGGCCUAAAGGAAAAAACUGCCAGAGCUCUGAAAGAAGUGGGAGGUCUCACCAGCCCAGUGAAGGGACCCUACACGCCCCCCCUGCACAUUGCCAACAAACCUCCUGACUCCCCGCAACUCAUCAACAGCAGCGUUAACUGUGAGGAUGAGGAGGAACAUCAAGAGUCUGUUGAGAAAGUGAUCACAGCAGGGAGGACAGUGGAGGAACCGGAUGAUGAUGAUGAAGAGGAGGAGCCUUUCUGUCCGCAAACACUGAUCUCUGAGCCAAACUACAAGAGGGGCAACAAGAUCACCACUGUGCCUGAACUGGAGCUGCGUAAGCUGGAGCGAGAUUUCUACCUGAGCAGUCUGUCUCAGCUCCACUCAGCCGAGAUGCAGGAGCAGCUCUUGUCCUGUCUCAGCAGCGAUCCUUAUUCCACCUGGGAACCGUGGGACAAGAAGGACUCUGGACGCUGGUCCCUGAGCCCAGGAGACGACUUCAGCUCUGGAGUCUUCUCCUACAACAGUCAGCCAGACGUGCAAGUUUCCAGUAUGGAUUUGCUGAACCACACACAGCUACCUCCCCCCUGCUGUUUUGAAGGGGUGGACGUCUGCAUCAGAGACUUCAACAGGAAAAGCAUCCGCAUCAGAGAGACGCGCCGGGUGAAAGUGGGCCACAUCGCCACUGGAAUCAGUGAUCAGAUCUCUGAGAGGGUUUUCACCCUGGAAACCCAGCAGGGCCAGCAGGUCGCUCAUGAUGAGGAGGUGCAGGAGUCUGGGCUGGAGCUCUGCUGUGUUCGUGCUCCAGACUUCAGCUCGGCCUGGAGGUGGAGGAUCAGAGAUGGAGUGCUGGAGACGAGAUAAAGCCUGUGGUUCUCUCCGUCCAUCGGCCGCGGUGUCAUCUUAACCGCCGUAGUUAUGGCCUUCUGUUGAAUUAUUUGGAAUAUUUGCCUUAAUUUGUCUCGGUGUGCGAGGACCAUGCUUUCAUAAGGGGCUUAAAUAAAUCUUUUUAGCACUUGUGUCUCAUGUUUAAAUUGCCAUAAUGGGGGGCUGUUGUGUAUCUUUUUGUCUUCAUCAACACUGAGCCUUUUUUGAACCACUGUGACAUUUACAUGUUGCCCCCUUUCUUAUUGCAUGUUUACAUUGAGUCAAUAAAAAGCUUAUGAAACUUA